AUGGAUCCCCAGCCUCGCCGCCGGGACCCUCGCGCCCAAUCCCCCACCGAGUCUUCUUCCGAUGAACUCGCCGCCGGCUCCGACCAUGACGAGGCCGAACGCCGUCGCGCCAGCUGGACCAUGCAGAAGGGCUUCACCCCACUUCGUCCAAAGAAGUCCGGCCGCUUGUACAGCGAGUCCGAAAGCCCCGACGAGCUAGCCGUGGAUGCCGACGAGUAUUGGCGUUCCUCACGCAAGCGCAACCGUCGCCGCAGUACUUCGCCGGUCAACCGCACAAUCAUCCGUGACGACCAUUCGCAGGGCGGCUCGGAUGAUCCUGCGGAAGGUGAUGUGACUGGCUCCGACGAGAACCAGGCUGUCGACGCUGACAACUGGUCUGACGGUUCUGCGACGCCUCUUGCUCCUCCGCCACCUCCCAAGCCCGAGCAUCUAAACUACAAGGAGAAGUUCGUUAUGCACGGCCACCUGCGCGGAGUGUCGGUUGUUCAAUUCUCGCCUGACUGCACUAUGAUCGCUAGUGCCAGCGCCGACGCAUCUCUCAGAAUCUGGGACACUGCUAGUGGUAGACUCAUUCACAUCUUUGAUGGGCAUCUAGCUGGUAUUUCUACCCUUGCUUGGACCCCUAAUGGUGACUGGAUUGCAACUGGUUCCGACGACAAGACCAUUCGGUUCUGGAACGUGAACAAUCUCAAGGCCCACGAUAAGGUCUUUGAUGGUCACAAGAACUUUGUGUAUCAAAUUGCAUUCGCACCUAAGGGUAACAUUCUUAUCAGUGGCUCCUACGACGAGGCCGUGUUUAUGUGGGAUGUUCGCCGUGCCCAGAUUAUUCGAACCCUUCCGGCUCAUUCUGACCCUGUUGCCGGUAUUGAUGUUGUGUAUGAUGGAACCCUCAUUGCGUCGUGUGCUCUGGAUGGGCUUAUUCGUAUCUGGGACACUCACAGCGGCCAGUGUCUCCGCACCCUGGUCAUGGAGGAUAAUCCGCCUGCAACAUGCGUCAAGUUCUCCCCCAAUGGAAAAUACGUCUUGGCCUGGACCCUGGACGGCUGCAUUCGGAUGUGGAAUUACGUUGAGAGUCGCGUCGUUAAGACUUUCCAAGGUCAUGUCAACAAUACGUUCAGCUUGUCGGGAUGCUUCGGUGCUUAUGGAGCCCGGCAUGCAACCUACGACGAGCCUCUGUGUUUCGCUGUCAGCGGUAGUGAGGAUGGUUCUAUCCUCUUCUGGGACAUUGUGAGCAAGCAAAUUAUGCAGCGCCUUGAAGGUCACUCUGAUGCUGUACUUUGCGUGCACACCGGUGAACUGAAUGGCAAGCGUAUGGUUGUGAGCAGCGGAGCGGACAAGACUGUUCGUUUGUGGGAGGAGGUCGAUGAAAAUGCCACCGGGUUUGACGAUGAUGCGUCCAGCCGUGGUGCUACCCCUACCCCUGAGUCUCACUGGCAGAACACCACCCCUAUACUUGAUUCAGACGGCGAUAAUGCUAUGGCUGAUGUUUCGGCUGUGCCUUCCACUGCUGCCAACCCCGCGGAAGAUGUGAUGAUGGCAUGA